CCCCCAAAACAUUUUUUUCCUAAUUACUAACACACAACAAAACUCUUCACUCUCUUACACCUUUCCGGCCCCGAGUCCCGACAAUGGCUUCAGCUUCAGCGACAGCUACUCUUCUCAAACCUAAUCCUCCGCCGCAUAAACCGAUCAUCACCGCCUCCGUAUCUCCUCCGUCUAUUCCUCCUCCGCGGCGUCACCAUCUCCUCCGCCGCGAUUUCCUCUCUCUAUCGGCCACAUCAACGCUUCUUCUAGCACAAUCGACUCCGUUUCUAGCUCCGGCGCCGGCUUCUGCCGCCGAAGACGAGGAGUAUGUGAAAGAUACUUCGGCAGUGAUCUCUAAGGUUAGGACGACGCUCUUGAUGGAUAAGACAGAUCCGAAUGUGGCGGAUGCGGUGACGGAGCUGAGAGAAGCGUCGAAUGCGUGGGUCGCUAAGUAUCGGAAAGAGAAAGCUCUUCUCGGAAAAGCUUCUUUCAGGGAUAUUUACUCGGCCUUGAAUGCUGUUUCCGGUCAUUAUGUGAGUUUUGGUCCGACGGCUCCGAUUCCGGCGAAGAGGAAGGCGAGGAUUCUUGAAGAGAUGGAGACUGCUGAGAAGGCUCUCUCGAGAGGAAGAUAAAACUACAAUUGAAGUGAGACCCUAACAAUUUUCUCUUCUUCCCCAUUUUCUUGUUGAUGAUAUUUUAUUUUCCCAAAAAUACCAAUCGAAUCAUAUGAGAAGAUAAACAAUUCGCUCGCUUUAUUUUCUUUUUGGGGUUUUUUUUCCGUGUAAAAUACUUAUGUCAUGAUAAUUACUUAAUUAUCAGUUAUAAUAACGAAUUCCAGUUUAAUUUGGAAA